UGCUUCAGAAGGCGAGUUUUUACCCAUUACAGCACAAAGGACAGCUGAGCGCGCUUUCACAUCCUCUCCAACUCCGCUCUCGAUCAGCUCUUACAGUUCAGCACCAUGGAGAGCGGCACCUCCUAGGCUACCACCGAUGGGGAGUCAGAUUCCCCCGACUCAACACCGGAUUCCGGUCAUCUAGAGGAGGGACAAGCCUGCGUAUUUCACCGUCAAUGUUGGGGAGCAACACCUUCAAAAACAUGCAGCGCCGGCACACAACACUGAGGGAAAAGGGCCGCCGCCAGGCCAUCCGGGGUCCCGCUUACAUGUUCAAUGAGAAGGGCACGAGCCUGACACCAGAGGAGGAGCGCUUCCUGGACUCAGCCGAGUACGGCAACAUCCCAGUGGUGAGAAAAAUGCUGGAGGAGUCCAAGACCCUCAACUUCAAUUGUGUGGACUACAUGGGGCAGAACGCACUGCAACUGGCCGUGGGCAACGAACACCUAGAGGUCACAGAGCUGCUGCUCAAGAAGGAGAACCUGGCACGGGUUGGCGACGCGCUGCUGCUGGCCAUCAGCAAGGGCUAUGUGCGCAUCGUGGAGGCCAUCCUCAACCACCCAGCCUUCGCGCAGGGCCAGCGCCUGACACUCAGCCCACUAGAGCAGGAGCUGCGUGACGAUGACUUCUAUGCCUAUGAUGAAGAUGGCACACGCUUCUCCCACGACAUCACGCCCAUCAUCCUGGCGGCCCACUGCCAGGAGUACGAGAUCGUGCACAUCCUCCUGCUCAAGGGUGCCCGCAUUGAGCGGCCCCACGACUACUUCUGCAAGUGCACCGAGUGCACUGAGAAGCAGCGGAAGGACUCCUUCAGCCACUCCCGCUCCCGCAUGAAUGCCUACAAGGGACUGGCAAGUGCUGCCUAUUUGUCCCUGUCCAGCGAAGACCCUGUCCUCACCGCACUGGAGCUAAGCAACGAGUUAGCCAGACUAGCCAACAUUGAGACUGAAUUCAAGAACGAUUACAGGAAGUUAUCUAUGCAAUGCAAGGAUUUUGUGGUGGGCGUGCUGGACCUAUGCCGAGACACGGAAGAGGUGGAAGCAAUUUUAAAUGGUGACGUGAACUUCCAAGUCUGGUCCGAUCACCACCGUCCAAGUCUGAGCCGGAUCAAACUCGCCAUUAAAUACGAAGUCAAGAAGUUCGUUGCUCAUCCUAACUGUCAGCAGCAAUUGCUUACCAUGUGGUAUGAAAAUCUCUCAGGCUUACGUCAACAGUCUAUCGCUGUGAAAUUCCUGGCUGUCUUUGGAGUCUCCCUAGGCCUCCCUUUUCUGGCCAUAGCCUAUUGGAUUGCUCCGUGCAGUAAGCUAGGACGAACCCUGAGGAGCCCUUUCAUGAAAUUUGUAGCCCAUGCAGUUUCUUUUACAAUAUUCUUGGGAUUGUUAGUUGUGAAUGCAUCAGACCGCUUUGAAGGCGUCAAAACCCUGCCCAAUGAAACCUUCACAGACUACCCGAAACAGAUCUUCAGAGUGAAAACUACACAAUUCUCCUGGACAGAAAUGCUCAUCAUGAAGUGGGUGUUAGGAAUGAUUUGGUCCGAAUGCAAGGAAAUCUGGGAGGAGGGGCCGCGGGAGUACGUGCUGCACCUGUGGAAUCUUCUGGAUUUCGGGAUGCUGUCCAUCUUCGUGGCCUCCUUCACCGCGAGGUUCAUGGCCUUUCUGAAGGCCAGCGAAGCCCAGCUGUACGUGGACCAGAACGUUCCAGACGACACACUUCACAACGUCUCCCUUCCGCCGGAAGUGGCGUAUUUCACCUACGCCAGGGACAAGUGGUGGCCUUCAGACCCUCAGAUCAUAUCAGAAGGGCUAUAUGCAAUAGCUGUCGUGCUGAGUUUCUCUCGAAUCGCAUACAUCCUGCCGGCCAAUGAGAGUUUUGGGCCCCUGCAGAUCUCCCUGGGGAGAACGGUGAAAGAUAUCUUCAAGUUCAUGGUCAUUUUCAUCAUGGUAUUUGUGGCCUUCAUGAUUGGGAUGUUCAAUCUGUAUUCCUACUACCGAGGUGCAAAGUACAACCCAGCGUUUACAACGGUUGAGGAGAGUUUUAAAACCUUAUUUUGGUCCAUCUUCGGCUUGUCUGAAGUGAUCUCGGUGGUGCUGAAAUACGACCACAAAUUCAUCGAGAACAUCGGCUACGUUCUCUACGGCGUUUAUAACGUCACCAUGGUGGUAGUGCUGCUCAAUAUGCUCAUAGCCAUGAUCAACAACUCAUAUCAGGAAAUUGAGGAGGAUGCAGACGUGGAGUGGAAAUUUGCGCGAGCAAAGCUCUGGCUGUCUUAUUUUGAUGAAGGAAGAACUUUACCUGCUCCUUUUAAUCUAGUGCCAAGUCCUAAAUCAUUUUAUUAUCUCAUAAUGAGAAUCAAGAUGUGCCUCAUAAAACUCUGCAAAUCUAAGGCCAAAAGCUGUGAAAAUGACCUUGAAAUGGGCAUGCUGAAUUCCAAAUUCAGGAAGACUCGCUACCAGGCUGGCAUGAGGAAUUCUGAAAACCUGACAGUAAAUAACACUUUCAGCAAACCCACCAGAUACCAGAAAAUCAUGAAACGGCUCAUAAAAAGAUACGUCCUGAAGGCCCAGGUGGACAGAGAAAACGAUGAAGUCAAUGAAGGCGAACUGAAGGAAAUCAAGCAAGAUAUCUCCAGCCUGCGCUAUGAACUUCUGGAAGAGAAGUCCCAAGCUACUGGCGAGCUGGCAGACCUGAUCCAACAGCUCAGUGAGAAAUUCGGGAAGAAUUUAAACAAAGACCACCUGAGGGUGAACAAGGGUAAAGACAUUUAGCCGCCGACAUGAGCAUCUGUGACUUCUACCAGCAUUCCAAGGCCAGGUUGAAUGUCCUGGCCACCAGCCCUGGUGGGGAGGGGUCCCAGGCCCACUCCUCUAGGACACUAAGGCUCC